AUGAAAGGGGUAUUUUGGAGAAAGGAAACAAAGAGAGACUAUUCUACAACCAAGGAGAAGAUGGCAAAGAAGCAGCUGAUGGUUCCGGCAACAUGGGGGAUCAGAGGCAGCUUCCAUUCCCUUAUUGCACUUCUUGUUACUUUCCUAGUCAUAGCUGCCAUCUAUGUCACCCAAAAUAGUGAGUUGCUGAUAGAAGAUAGGACAGCAAGCAAAAGUUCUGGUGCUUUGUUGUCAAGGUGCAAUAUGUUUUCAGGAAAAUGGGUUUUUGAUAACAAAUCUUACCCUUUAUACAAAGAGAAAGAAUGUACCUUCAUGUCUGAUCAGUUAGCUUGUGAGAAGUUUGGGAGAAAGGACUUGAACUAUCAGAAUUGGAGGUGGAAACCUCACCAGUGUGACCUUCCUAGGUUCAAUGCCACCGUAUUGCUGGAAAGGUUAAGGAAUAAGAGGCUUAUGUUUGUAGGGGAUUCAUUAAACAGAGGCCAAUGGGUUUCAAUGGUUUGUCUUGUAGACUCGGUGAUUCCUCCAGGGCUCAAAUCUAUGCAUCAGCACCACAAUAACUCAUUGUACAUCUUCAAAACCACUGAAUAUAAUGCAACAAUUGAAUUCUACUGGGCUCCUUUACUGGUGGAAUCAAAUUCUGAUGAUCCAGUAAACCACCAUGUAGAUGAUCGGACUGUAAGAGUUCAGGGCAUUGAAAAGCAUGCUAGGCAUUGGACUAAUGCUGACAUUCUUGUUUUCAAUAGCUACCUUUGGUGGAGAAGAGCCCAAAUGACUGUCUUGUGGGGAUCAUUUGAAAGCCCAGGUGGAAUUUACAAAAAGGUAGAGAUGCCAAGAGUUUAUGAGAUGGCUUUAAAGACAUGGUCAGAUUGGUUAGAGGUUCAUGUAAACCGGACCAAAACACGAAUGUUCUUCGUCAGCUUGUCGCCAACUCACCAAAAGGCUUUAGAGUGGGGUGGAGCUGAAGGUCAAAAUUGUUACAAUGAGACAGAACUAAUCUUGAAAGAAGGGUAUAGGGGACAAGCAUCCUGUCAAGAAAUGAUGCGUGUAGUUGAGAAAACUCUUGAUGACUUGAAAACAAGAGGAUUAAAUGUAGAAAUGAUUAACAUUACACAAUUAUCAGAAUACAGAAAAGAAGGUCAUCCAUCAGCGUAUAGAAAGCAAUGGGAACCGUUAACUGAAGAACAAAUAUCUAACCCUAGCAGCUAUGCAGAUUGUAUACAUUGGUGUCUUCCCGGAGUUCCAGAUGUGUGGAAUGAACUUCUUUAUGCUUACAUUAUUAAUCUUUGA